AUGGACUCUCAUCACAACCCAGACACUGUCAUGACUGACGAGCAGCUUGCUGCUGGGGAGGAAACGAUCACCGACCUCGGCGAUUACGUCCUCGAAGAUCUCCCCGACGGCGUUCCGCCGGAACUUAACGAAGAGCCUGCUGCUAAGAAGCAGUGUGGCGAAGGGACCUCCUCUGGUGCUGCUGGGGCUAGCGCUCCUGCUGCUGCGCCGCUGGUGCCGCAGCCGAUGCAGCGCUCUAACUCUUCCGGUAGCUCCGCGGCCAUGGCCCCCUCGUCGUCUCGUCCGUCGGCCCCACCAAGGCCGAGGUCUGCUCCGCCCUCUCGGCCGCAGCCUCCUGUCCAGGAAGCCGCGGUUGAACAGCCUUCAGCCGGAACUGCCGCCAACCUCUCCCUGUCGGUGCGAUACCGCAACCUCCGCCGUCACCGCCCCUCCGUGGGUACCGAGCUCCGGUCCCUGACGCGCGACCCGCUGCUACUGGUUGCGGUGAUGUUUCCGGAGUGCUCUGAGGAGGUUCGGGAGAGUAUCCUCUCCCGGAUCGCCGCUGCGCUCCCCGGCUCUGCUGCCUUCAACCGUGCUGUCCCGCAGUUUGACGCGGCUACGGGUGAGCCGCUGCUCUUGCCGCGCAGGACGUAUUUUCGGCACAUCUACUCCUGGACCUCCGCUGCUGACGCACGCAUCUUCCGCGGGCUGUUUGCGGUUCCUUUCCUUGUGCGGUUGAACAACAGCCGCCCAAUCGAGGUUAAGAUUUACGUGGACCCAUACCCUGAAUUUUCGGCUGCAAAGGCUCGUGGCGACACGUACAUGGUGGUGCGGAACGUGCCGCUUGGUGUCCAGCCCGAAGAACUGCGCGCCUCUCUGCUCAGCGGCAAAACCGAUGAUGAUUUGCCGUGGCUUGCGGAUCUCCUGCAUUUUCACCGGCUCAAGGACCCUUAUGACGGCUCGGCUUACUCGCAGAUGCUUGGACUCCCGGUUGCGGCCGAAGGAGAUCCUUCCUUUAACCGCAUCUCGGCUAUCCUCUGGAUCCCGGACCAGGAGGAGCCCGCCUUCCUCAACAUAUCAUGCCACGCGUGCACCCUGUGCUCAAGCAACCACAGGCUUGAGGAUCACGCAUGCUUCGCCAUCACCCGACGCAACCGGGUCGCCAACAGGCAAUCCAUCACCAUGUCUGCGCUGCAGGCGGUUAACGGUACUAACAAACCCCCGCACGUGCCCUUGCUGGCGUUGCCCUUCCUUUCUUGUUCUAAGGCCCUACCAAACCAUAGUUCCUUCCCUCGCUGCACUUGUCUGCUCCCUGCUACCUUCGGCUCUGGUCUGGUUACCCCCCCUUCCCUGCUUCCCCCUUUCCACUCUCCCUGCUCCUUCACCCCCCCUCUCCCAGGCAAGCUCCUUGGACAGCACGCUUCCACGGCAGCUUUCAAGAAAGACCCCGGCCUGCUCCUCAUUAGCCUUGACCUCGACGUGGAGGUGUGGGCGUGUUCGAUCUGCGACUUCGUGUGCGGCAUCGCUCUCGACAGCGCGAUGUUUCACCUCAACUCCGAUCAGCACCGCAACAGGCUGAAGGACCCUGUAUCAGAAUAG